ACUGCAGAGCCGAGUGCUCGGUACCAUAGAGAUCGGAAAGGAGAGCGAGCGGCGGAGCCGGAAGGAAAGCCGAGAGCGAAGGCGGUCAGUCAAGAUGGCGGCGGCCAAGAGGAAGCGGCGUGGAGGCUUGGACGUGCAGGCGAAAAAACCAAAAAGGAACGAGAAAGAUGCCAAGCAGCCAGCUAAGCUGCGCGACAUGGCAGAAGAGGCGGAGGAAGAAGAGAGAGACCGUAUCCCAGGCCCCGUUUGCAAGGGCAAGUGGAAGAAUAAAGAACGGAUUCUCAUCUUUUCUUCCAGAGGAAUAAAUUUCAGAACAAGACAUUUAAUGCAAGACUUGAGAAUGUUGAUGCCUCAUUCUAAAGCAGAUACAAAAAUGGAUCGUAAGGACAAGUUAUUUGUCAUUAAUGAGGUUUGUGAAAUGAAAAACUGCAAUAAAUGUAUCUAUUUUGAAGCUAAGAAAAAACAGGAUCUCUAUAUGUGGCUUUCAAAUUCACCUCAUGGGCCAUCUGCUAAAUUCCUCGUUCAGAACAGUAAGUUGACUCAGUUUAAGAUUUUUUUAAGACAAAAUAAUUGUGCCAAAGUUAUGACUACUUUUGUUAUAUUUUUUCUAGUCCAUACCCUAGCUGAACUAAAGAUGACUGGAAACUGUUUGAAAGGUUCUCGGCCCCUUUUGUCUUUUGACCCUGCUUUUGAUGAAUUACCACAUUAUGCUUUGUUAAAAGAACUCUUAAUUCAGAUCUUUAGUACACCACGAUAUCAUCCCAAAAGCCAACCAUUUGUGGACCAUGUGUUUACUUUCACCAUUUUGGAUAAUAGGAUAUGGUUUCGGAACUUUCAGAUCAUAGAAGAAGAUGCUGCUCUUGUAGAAGUAGGACCUCGCUUUGUCUUAAAUCUCAUAAAGAUUUUCCAGGGAAGUUUUGGAGGACCAACUUUAUAUGAAAAUCCUCACUACCAGUCUCCAAACAUGCAUCGGCGUAUCAUAAGAUCCAUCACAGCUGCAAAAUACAAAGAGAAACAACAAGUGAAGGAUGCACAGAAAAUGAAAAAGAAAGAACCAAAGACUAUUCUUCCACAUGAUCCCACUGCAGAUGUUUUUGUUAUACCAGCUGAGGAAAAGCCGAUAGAAAUACAGUGGGUAAAACCAGAGCCGAAAGUUGAUUUGAAAGCAAGAAAGAAAAGGAUUUACAAAAGGCAAAGAAAAAUGAAACAGAAGAGGCACAGUGGGAAUGCAAAAUGAAUCAAUGGAUAACUAACUUUUCAGUAAUUUUAUAUUUAUUUUGUAUUCAGUGUGUAAAUACUUUUUAUUAUCCAGGACUAUGUUAUAUCUCAUUAGUGUGGCAUUUAAGACAAAAAUCAAAUUAAAAUUUGUGGCUACUGUGGUGUGUAUGUUUGUCUAAAUAUCACCGUCAGAGAUAUUUAGAACUAAUCAGUUAAUUUCUGUUUUUUUUUUUUUUCAAAGCUUGUUUGGUGUUACUAAAAGUUGAGCACACUUCAGGUUUAGGCCUGUUUUCUUGGAUUAAAAUUUUGGGUUUAGGAAA